AUGAGUUCUUAUCAGUUCGUGAAUUCACUUGCGUCUUGCUACGCGCAACAGCUAGUGCAACAACAACAGCAGCAUGCUUCAGCUGCGGAUUAUUAUAACCCGAAUGCGGCGGGAGCUGUUUAUCCGCCAGCGUGUUAUUCGCCACCUCAGGUCACUGCGGCCUGUCAUUAUCCUCAGCAUCCCUAUGCUACUCCGGCACCCGCGGCUCAGGGCCCGCUGCCACCCACUGAGAUGGUGGAUUACACACAAUUGCAGCCGCCAGAGCCGCCGCAUGCGAGCUGCAAGUACGCCGAUAGCGCGUCGCCCGCUACGGCUGUUGCUUCACCUCAGGAUCUGACCACGGCGCGUGGAUCGCCGCCUCAACCACAACCGAAUAAACAACCCGCAUCUGCUGUUCCUUCGCCACCUGGAAAAUCGACGCAUCCAACGACUGCACCCCCAAACAUGGCAUCGCCCGCAUCCAGCACGUCUAGUGCUUCCAGCGGGGACGCUACUCCGGGUUCUGCUUCCAAAUCCGGAAAGAAUGGAGCGAAUCCUCCGCAGAUCUACCCGUGGAUGAAACGCGUACAUCUCGGUCAAAAAAAAUGUUGGGUUGAUGUCGUUCUUGCAUUAGGAGUUCGACCAGGGUCCAUGACAACAUUCAGGGAUCCAUGUCAGCGAAAAAGAUAUUUUGGUUUCCACUAA